CCAACAUGGCGUCUACAGUUACUUUGACGCUGCUGUUUAGUUUAGCAUCAUUUUCAAUUCAAAUUAGCUCUUCCAGACUUUUACAUGAGCCUUGUUACAAACCCAUCAGAGACAACAGACCAGACUCUGUCAAGACACAGGCCCGCCCACAUGAGUAUGUGAAGGUGUCGGACCUUCCUCUGUCCUGGGACUGGAGGAACAUCAAGGGGAAGAAUUAUGUGAGCGUCACACGGAACCAGCACAUCCCCCAGUACUGUGGGUCCUGCUGGGCAAUGGGAGCCACCAGUGCGCUAGCUGACCGGAUCAACAUCAAGCGUGGAGGAGCGUGGCCAUCAGCCUACCUGUCAGUCCAGAACGUGAUAGAUUGUGGAGGGGCGGGCUCUUGUUUUGGAGGAGAUGACCUGGGCGUCUACGCCUACGCACACAAGAGAGGCAUUCCUGAUGAAACCUGCAACAAUUACCAAGCCAAAAACCAAAAGUGCGAGCAGUUUAACCAGUGUGGCACAUGCUCCUUCUUUGAGUCAUGUGCUGUUGUGAAGAACUACACUGUGUGGAAAGUGGGCGACUAUGGAAGAGUUUCUGGAAGAGACAAGAUGAAAGCUGAAAUUUACACCAACGGGCCCAUCAGUUGUGCCCUGAUGGCCACCGACGGCCUGGAGGGAUACUCUGGAGGGAUCUUCUCAGAGUUUCACCCGCUCUCUUUGCCGAAUCACAUCGUAUCUGUGGCCGGGUGGGGCGUGGCGGAGGACGGGACCGAGCACUGGAUCGUCAGGAACUCCUGGGGAGAGUUUUGGGGAGAACGUGGCUGGGCGAGAAUAGUCACCAGUGCCUAUAAAGGAGGAAAAGGCAAUUGGUUCAACCUGGGUAUUGAGAAACACUGUGCAUAUGGAGACCCUAUUGUAACAUCGAUGCACUAAUUACACUGAUAGACUCUAGUUUUGUCAUGUUUUUUUUUUAAAUAAAUAAAUGUUUAUCAUUUUGAUCAUAUGGAAAAUUAAAUGAGUAGUACAACAUUUUAGGAACCGUGGUUAUUUAUUUUCUUUUCAGCUAAGUUAAAACCAAAUAAUAAAAUUUACAAUUUGCUGGGAGCAGAAACUUCCUGGACUCUCAGUCCGUUACAAGACCAAGAAAUAGUUUGGCAGACAACUCGCCAAAAAGCGCAUGUUGCUCCUACACUUUGUUUUCGUACAGGAUAAACAAACUAGAGGUAACAUUCAUUAGUGAGCUUUAGAGGACAUGAUAGGUGGAUUUUUCUAUCUUUUGACUAAGGCAGGCUAGCUGCUUCCCUCUGUUUUCAGUCUUUAUGCUAAGCUAAGCUAACCAGCUGCUGGCUCCAACUGCAUCUUUACCGUGCAGACGUGAGAGUCGAUCCUCUCGUCUAACUCUCGGCCAGGUCAGGAACUGGCUUGUUUUCCAAAAUGUUAAAGUAUUCCUUGAAGUUAAAGGAGGAAAACGUAGCUGCAUUUUGAUGUCCGCUGAUGUGUUAAACCUGUAGCUAACGCGUGUAGCUAACACACAUGUAAAACUUUGUUAUUACAGAUGUUUUGUUAAAGUAAAUGCAGUCCCAGAGAUAUCCACUUUCACAAGCUUAACCGCAUUUAGACAAUGAAGUUAAAUAAAUAUUGAAACAAACAAUCAGUAAAUUAUUUCUCACCAGGCUCGAAAAUGCAACCUGGACUGAUAACCUGCUCCUGAAUUCAAUUUAAAGCUCGAAAUGAGUCUCGGGAAAAAAAAAAUCACCAUCUGCAAACCUGCAGGUUGUUCAUUUCAGAACAUUUCUAAUGAAACUAUAUUCCAUUGAACGACAGGCGAGCUGAGUCACUCACUCAAACUCACCUGGCAGGGCUCAGGAAAGCUUACAGUUACAUUUCUUUCCCGACACCCUGCGAAACAUCUGCACGGCAUAACUAAACAGCGUCUAACGAGUGUCUGGAGGCUGACCAGUCAGACGAAUUCAUCAUGACUCGAAUCUGGUCGGACGCAGUGUCACAGAGAAGUGGCAUGCACCUUUACCACCUCCCUUUAACGUGAGCAGGGUCGUUUUUUUUUUUCUCAACGUGCAGACCUGACUCACCUGGAAACGUCGUCUUUGUCGGCUUCAUUUGUUUCGUUAAUGACUGCAUGAAUCAGCGUUUCCUGCAGAUUUGAAGAAAAGAGCCAUUAAGGACAGCAAGGUCACAAAUAAUAACUGCAGCUUGAUGGGUAUUUUAUAGAGUGGCUCCAUUAUUUUUAGACCCAGCUGUUUAAUUAUAUUGCUUUGAAGUUUUGCUUCUCAACCUGAAGGUUUAAACGCUGUUUCAAAGUCUUCUCCACAAAGUCAGGUGUAACAUUCUGGUGGAAAAAUACUUUUUCGUUCAAUGCUGGUGAAUUUCUAUUUUAAUUUUUGUUAACAGACUCCAUGAAAAGCCAACAUUUUCCUGAUGCAUCUUCUCCCUCUGUGCCAUUGAGUUCCAUUGUUGUCCAAAAACUAUUAAAGCACAUCAGUG